GUCGGUUCUCUCCGCUUAGCGCUGCAAGACGUCUGUAGUCUUAAGUGGGUUUUCCCGUGUGGCUGCAGAAAAUCUCACAUUGGGAGUUAAAUGAAUUGCCGAACGAACGAAUGGUCUACGGGUGUGAAGAAUGAUGAAUGCAGCUGAGAAGUGAGGGCAUUCAGAAAACGUGUCACACCAGGAAAAGAAACGAUGUGGAUGUUGAACGCCUUCCGGACGAGUGUGCAAUGAGUAGGAGUGACGAUUCAAAAACGAGAUGCGUUUGUCACUGCUGGAAAUAGAAACUUCAUGUUUAUCGUGGGCGGGGCUGCUGUUGCCAUGUACGCGUCUCGCAGUUCACGUACACGUGUACCGUUAAGGAGGAGUAUGGAGCUGCGCGGAACUCCAAUGUGGGCCAGUGAGUCUCUCUGUGCAAUGCAAAUGGGAACAAUGAAGUUUGGUUUUACUAUCAUCAGCUUCGUAAUUUUUCUGACGCUUAUCACAAACUCGUGCACAAGCAUCAAUCGACCAAACCUCACCUGUGCAGAAACUUUAAGAUCUCAUCUUGUUCCUAUGCCAAUGAACUGUGUGGAUACAAGUUCUGAAAGUUACAUAUACAAUUGCACGAAAGUUUAUCAGUCUCAGAGACAUGUGAAGUGGAUGAUAGAAAUAAUGCUAAUGGUUAAACUGGGUAACUACGGGGCGGACGAACCAUAUGAAGAAAAAGAAAAUUGUAUUGGAAUAAAUGUUUGGAAAGGAAAAUCUGCUGACGCAGGAAGCCAUUUCAUAAUGAAUUUGUCACCUUCUAAGAUAAUUGGAACUGUAAAUCUGAAGAGGUGUGGAACUAUAAGGCCGCGCAGCUGCGCGUUCGAAGUGAAGGUGCUGCCGGCGCUGCUGGCGCUGCCGCAGUUCCAGUUCGCACCGGACGAGCCGCCGUUCUGGAACUUCUCGUCGCCGCUGUUCCGCUUCGACGUGGGCUGGCUGUACUGCCUGGAGGCGGCGUCGGGCCGCGGCCCGCCCGCUCACUGGCCGGCGGCGCUGCCCGGGCUGGCGGGCGCGUCCGUCGCCUGUGUGGUGCUGGACGGGGUCUUCGGCGCCGACGCGCUGGGGCCGCUGCCCAGCCUCAGCCGCCUGCCGCUGCUCGAGAACGUCGUCAUCAGGAACAGCCCCAUGCGCGGGUUUCCUCCGGGUUAUUUUGAUAAAUCUGAGAAAAUAAAGUCACUGGUUAUAAAACAUAGCGUUUUCCGUAAAAUACCGUCGGAAAUUACAGUUCUGAAGAAAUUACGGUUAUUUUCGCUUGAAUCGAUAGUACAAAAUUUCACCUUCGAUCCAAACAUACUCUCAGCUUUCACAAAUUUGUGGACAUUAAACCUAGCAGGCACACGCAUAGAACACUGGCCAGGAAACAUCCCAAAACUGCAAAAAUUGAGCAUUUUGGAUUUGAAUAGAUGUCAAAUGAAAACAUUCUCUGCAGCAACACCAAAUCUUCCCGCGUUGAAAUAUUUAAGUCUGAAACAAAACCUGAUAUCGUUCCUUGAUCCCGAUGCAUUUGCGGGGAUUCCAAAUAUAAGAGCCAUAUUUCUAAACCAAAAUUUUAUAAAUAUUUUGCCUCCCGAGAUUUUCGUUGGCCUGUAUCGUCUCCAUACGCUUGAUCUCACCUCUAAUAGAUUAACUGAGUGGCCUCAAUUGCCACCUAAUGAUUUUUUGAAAUUAAAUUUAUCUGCUAACAAUAUUUCAAAAUUAAUUAAUUUAGGAUGUCAGGUGAGAAGUAUAGACUUUUUGGAUUUCUCGUCUACUAAUUUAUCACAAUGGGACGACCCCAAGGUAUUCCUCGCGGAGGAGAAUUGUACAAAAGCGUUUCCUGUGAGGAGUCGUUGGUCGAAGUUGGCGCCGUCGAAGUUGGCGCCGUCGCCGCCGGCCGCCCCGCGCGCCUGGGUCUCCCGCGUGAACCUGUCGUCCAACAGCAUCGCCGUCUUCUCGGCCGCCAUGCUGCGCUCGCUGGACGCGCUCGCGUGGGCGCAGCUGGGCGGCAACGCCGUGGACUGCGGCGCGUGUGCGUCGUCGGCGCUGCAGGGCUGGCUGCGCUCGGCGCGCGCGCAGGCGGUGGCGGCGGGCGGGCCGGGCGGCGUGCGGUGCCGCACGCCGGCCGCGUGGGCGGGCCGCCCGGUGCUGAGCGUCGACUUCGACGCGCUGUGCGACACGCCGCGCCCCGCGCUAUGGCUCGGCCUGGGGCUGGCGCUCGCCGGCGCCUUCGCGCUCGUCUGCGCCGCCGCCGGCCUGCUGCUCUACUUCCGCACCGAAGUCGCGUACCUGCUGCACCUGGCCAAGCGCCAAGAACCGGAAGUGGGUGCUGCGGCGGCUGGUGCCUCUCCUGGAGCAGCGUCCGGGCAGCUUCUCCGUUUGCCUCUUCGACCGGGACUUCCCGCUGGGCUCCCACAUCGUCGCCAACAUCGCCGACGCCAUCGACCAGAGCAGGAAGGUCCUUCUCGUCCUCUCCCAACACUUCAUCCAGAGCAAGGUGCGUAG